CAGCGUGGGGGGCGUGCCCAUCGUAUUGCCCGCCCCUAGCGAGGGGCGUGGCCAGCGCGCGCUCUGCCCAUAGCGGGCUCUGCCCGGGGCGGGGGCGUGAUCACGUUGGGGGCGUGGCCGGCUGGGGGCGUGUCCAGGGGCGUGUCCCAGGGCGCAGCAUGGCGGCGGCGCGGCCGUGGCCGCUGCUGCUGCUGGCGCUGGCGGCGGGGCCGGGGCCGGGGCCGGGUCCAGCCCCGGGGCCGCUGCCGGUCGGCGGGUAUUUCCCCGAGGAGCGCUGGAGCCCCGAGUCGCCGCUGCGGCCGCCGCGGGUGGCGAUCGCGCUGCUGGCGCGGAACGCGGCGCACGCGCUGCCGGUGGCGCUGGGGGCGCUGGAGCGGCUGCGGCACCCGAAGGAGCGGACGGCGCUGUGGGUGGCCACCGAUCACAGCGUGGACAACACGACCGCGAUGCUGCGGGAGUGGCUGGGCCGGGUGCGGGGCCUUUACCACCGCGUGGAGUGGCGGCCGCAGGAGGAGCCGCGGUCGUACCCCGAUGAGGAGGGUCCCAAGCACUGGUCCCCGUCCCGCUACGAGCACGUGAUGAAGCUGCGUCAGGCGGCGCUGGACUCGGCCCGCGCCAUCUGGGCCGAUUACCUGCUGUUCCUGGAUGCCGACAACGUGCUGACCAACCCCGACACGCUGGCGCUGCUGAUGGCCGAGAACAGGACGGUGGUGGCGCCCAUGCUGGACUCGCGCGCCGCCUACUCCAACUUCUGGUGCGGGAUGACGGCGCAGGGCUAUUACCGGCGCACCCCGGCGUACCUGCCGCUGCGGCGGCGCGAGCGGCGCGGCUGCUUCGCGGUGCCCAUGGUGCACUCCACCUUCCUGCUGGACCUGCGGCGCGAGGCCACGCGGGCGCUGGCCUUCUACCCGCCCCACCCCCACUACACUGGCGCCUUCGAUGACAUCAUCGUCUUCGCCUUCUCCUGCCGCCAGGCUGGGGUGCAGAUGUUCGUGUCCAACCGGGCGCCGUUCGGGUUCCUGCCGGUGCCGCUGCGGUCGCAGAGCUCCCUGCGCGACGAAGCCGAGAGCUUCCUGCACGUCACCCUGGAGAUCAUGGUGAAGAACCCCCCGGCGGAGCCGACCCCCCACAUCUGGGUCCCCCCCAAAGUCCCCGACAAGAUGGGAUUUGACGAGGUUUUCCUGAUCAACCUGCCCCGCCGAGCCGACCGCCGGGCGCGGAUGCUGCGGACGCUGCACGAGCAGGAGAUCGCGGCCAAGCUGGUGGAGGCCGUGGACGGCAGGGCGCUGAACAGCAGCCAGGUGGAGGCGCUGGGCGUGCGGAUGCUGCCCGGGUACCGCGACCCCUACCACGGGCGGCCCCUGACGCGGGGGGAGCUCGGCUGCUUCCUCAGCCACCACCGCGUCUGGCAGGAGAUCGCGACGCGGGGCCUGUCCCGCUCGCUGGUGUUCGAGGACGACCUGCGCUUCGAGAUCUUCUUCAAGCGCCGCCUCACCACGCUGAUGCGCGAGCUGGAGGCGGCCGCGCUGCCCUGGGACCUCAUCUACAUCGGGAGGAAGCGGCUGCAGGCGGAGCGGCCCGAGCGGCCGGUGCCGGGCGUGCGGAACCUGGUGGAGGCCGGCUACUCGUACUGGACGCUGGGCUACGCGCUGUCGCUGCGCGGUGCUCGCAAGCUGCUGGCGGCGCGGCCGCUGGGGAAGAUGCUGCCGGUCGACGAGUUCCUGCCCGUCAUGUUCGACAAGCACCCCAUCCCCGAGUACCGGCGGCAGUUCCCGCGCCGCGACCUGGCCGCGUUCUCCGUGGAGCCGCUGCUGGUGUUCCCCCCACGCAACUUCACGGGGGACGCCGGGUACGUCAGCGACACCGAGACCUCGGUGCUGUGGGACGACGAGGACGCCACCGACUGGGACCGCGCGCGCGCACGCGGGGCGCGCCGGACGGGGACGCGGACGCGGACACGGCUGGGCUGGGGACACGGACAUGGACACGGGGGGGGCUCCGGGACAUGGAUGUGGACACGGGGGGGCUGCGGGAGCGAGCUCUGACCCCCCCCCCUCCCC